AUGAGCGCACGAGGUCGGAGGAAGGUACUCUUCGUGAGGACGAGAUACAGGACAAGGGGGUUCAGCCCACCGCCUUCGCCUAUGGGCCUGGUGGAUGGCGCUGGCACUGAUCAUAAUAUUGCUGACCCUACACUUCCAUCGCCAGCAGUGGUUGAGGCUGGAACUAGUCCUGGGUUUCGGUCCGGGGCUGGAGAAGCAGUAGCCGUUCCAAAAUCUGCAGCUACAAUCACCGACGUAACAGCAGAGGAGAACAUGGCCGCGGGGGCGCUCGGAGAAAUACCCCCCACUAAGCGAGCAAAAGUUGAAGAGGAAUUCGAACCCAGCAAUUCGGAUGAACAUAUAGCUUAUAUAGCUGUCACUACGUCACCUCGCGCAAUAUCCCCUGCCGCUCCCGAUCCCGCGACACCAGCCAUAUGCAGAUCCAGAAGGACUCGCAGUACUGGUACAUACAUGCGCUCACACUCAUCUCCCAUUCGGCCGUUCACGGACUCCGGCUCUGGCCCCGGCGCGGAGCCUAUAUCGGCCAUGGACGCCGCGCUGAUCGAGAUCUCGAACGAUAGGUUUUUCAACCGUCACCGCAUUCACGAAGCCGCUGUCGCGCACCAGGUCGCGUGCGAGAGUGCCCUGGAACGCGUAAAGCAGCACCGGAGGCUCGGUACACGCCCCGAUGACUGGGAUGAGGAUCUGGCGCUGGAGGGACUGCCACCGCUGCAGAGAUGGAAGAAGAGGUUUGGGCUGGAGGAAGAAGAGAAAGAGAAUUGGUACUGA